AAUAGUUUCGUAGUGUUAUCUCGUGCAAAGUGCAAUCUGCAAAGUGUCAAUUAUGACAUUUUUCUCAGUGAUUUUUGUCAACGUUGCGAGUAUUUGCAAUUGAUACUUUCCCCUGGCUGAAGGCCCUUGUUAACAAUUCUUUAAGUGAAAAUAUGUUUAGUCCUAUACAGAUAAAACAUGAAUGCACGGGUGUAGAGGAUGUAAACGUGAGUAACAGAGUCAAUACUUCAGACAAUUCUGCAUAUCCUAUUUUUAUCAAUCAAGAUGUGGAAUAUAGGCGUCAGUUAUCUCAAUUUUGGGAACAAGCAUUAUCGGAUGAGGUAUCUGAAAAAAGUGAAGUUAAUAAUCAGCAGACUACGUUUCAGGAAAGUGGAACCUUACCAUAUGCUAAGGACUAUAUACAAAAUGGUAUAUUCUUUCAAGUUAAUCAAGAGAAUGGUAACAACCAAGUGCAGAUUAACAAUCAGUGCCAACAGAGCACAAAUAAUGCCAUCAUGGUACAGGAGAACAGACAGCCACAACUGCAGCAAGAUUUACAGGAUGUCAGAAGUAUUAAUCAGACAUCAACAGCACAGUCAUCAGCUGUGAAAAGCAACCGUCCUGGAAGACCGUCCAAGGGUUCCAUUGAAUCUGUUCCAGGCAAGAAAUCAAAAUGCCAAUGUGAGAUUUGCUUCAAAGAGUUUGGACACAAGAGCAAUUUGUUCAUACACAUGAGAACUCACAAUGGUGAAAGGCCCUACAAAUGUACUCAAUGUGACAAGUGUUUUACACACAGUGGCAACUUGGCUAUCCACAUGAGAACACAUUCCGGUGAGCGACCAUAUGGCUGUCAGAUAUGUGGGAAGAUGUUUAGUCACAGUGGUAAUCUCUCGACUCACUUAAGGACUCACUCUGGUGUGAAACCCUAUAAAUGCAAUGUGUGUGACAAAGAGUUUAGGCAUAGCGGCAAUUUGUCAAUACACGAGAGGAUACAUUCCGGCAUUAAGCCAUUUCAAUGUAAAAUCUGUGGCAAGGAGUUCUAUCACAGUGGAAAUUUGACAACUCACAUGAAGAAACAUCCCGCAAAUGCAAAAACGACGGACUGUGAAAGCGAGCAAAACCGUAUAUUACAUACCAAUACGGAUGCUAACGACCCUGCUUCUACAAAUUAUUUAAAUAAUGUUCCGUUAACGCUCGACGACGACGACAUUGAAUCUAUGCAUAAUACUAAUGUGGUUCCUAUAAAGAAUGAAAGUACAGAUCCUAUGUUGAGUAGUACUAUGGGAUUAUUAACACCUACUUCCAGUUGAAGCAGCAUUAUCCAAUUGAAGGUCAUUAUUAGAGAUUAAGAGAUUAUUCAGAGAAUACUGAGUCCUAGCAUUUCUCCGCUCAGUAUUACAACCGCUGACGAGCAAUUUUUAUUACUGGCAGAUAGAAAAUUGUUUUCAUUUCCAUUUGGCAAAUAUAUGCUUCAGCUACUUGGUGUUCCUGAGUCUCAAAUAUGUAAUGCUAUUGUAUAGCAAAGUGAGGGAUUUUUUAACGAAUUUUAUGUAGAUUUAUCUAUUAUUUCAAUGGAACAUGAUUCUGAUCUGUGAUUUUUUUUUAAUUUUUGAGUUAUUAAGAUAGGAUCUGACGCGACAGGGAUGUUUCAAGGAAUUGUUCAGCAUUUAUUUAUAUAAAAAUUUUACACACACACACACACACAUAUAUAUAUAUAUAUAUAUAUAUAUAUAUAUAUAUAUAUAUAUAUAUAUAUAUAUUUCUCGCGAUUAUUCGUGUUCAUACAAAAAAAACUUUAUAAUUAAUAAUAUCAAACUUAAACUUCUUUUGAGUUAAAUAAGUCAAUUAUUACAGUUAUAAUAUCUUGAUCGUAUAAAACAUAAAUAAUGAAAAUGAGCGAUAUCCAUUUGGAUUUUGAGAUCCUAUGUGCAAUUUUAUGUAUAAAAUAAAUUGAUGACAAUGGAAAAAUUGCUCGUUAAAAUUUUUGUUAUCGCUAUUUUUUAUAUUUAUUUCUAAUUGUUAUAGAAUCUAUUUCAUUAAACUAUUUACUCUCGGUUUUUUAUAUUGUUCGUAUAGCAGAUAUUGAUUGAGUGAUAUAGUUUGCAAGUGAGAUAGAAGUUAAAAACUAUGUAACUUUCGUAUGCUUAUAUUGGUUGAAUAUAAAAUUCUAUCCUAUUUAACAUUUCCGAAUAAUUUUUGUGUAGCAAUGUUUAAUAAUAAAUUUUUAAACAAACUA